CUUUAUGGAGCAGCGAACAAACGGUGUUUGGCGUUCGUGAAGAGCGUACGCGUUCAUUGUGUUCGUAAGCUGAUUAUUGGUGUUGAGUGUUGACUUUAACAUUAUUUCCUAUUAAUUUUAGUUAAAACAAGCAUACAUUAAAAUUUUUGCUCAACAAAAAAUUAAAAUAACCACAAAGAUAAAAUUAAUAACAACACGAAGAAAUUUUUUAUAAUAUUUCAUCUUUGGCGUGAGAUUUACCUCUGCUCCUGGUUGUGACUAUUGAAUUUCAUUCAAAUACCUUCACGAGCAAUUUCAAAAUGGCAUUUCAAAAACAACGCUUCGUCUUCGGCCUGUGUUUGCUUUUGCUGCACUCUACAGUUACCAUUACAUCCUCCAAAGCCAAUACUAAGGAAGCUGUAAAGCAGGCUCAAGAUGAUAAGAAUAAAGCUGAAUUCCCAAAAGAAGAUGCCGAUAUGUUAAUGGAGCCAAAUGACUUCACCCCAGUUACCGUUUUACGUUCACAGGAACAACAAUUCCACGUGCCACCCACCUACCAAUUCCGUCCAUUACCACCCAAUCCUCAUAUUGUGGCACGUUCUGAUGUUCACGCCAACGUACCACAGCCAACGCCUGUUGACUCACACACACAAGCUGCACAAAACUAUUAUCCACCUUUCUUCCGUGAGGCGCCACCACUGGGUCAUUCACGCCCCUACUUUCCUAUACCCGAUAGUCCAGUGAUACCGAAAUUUGCAGCGCCACAUCCCGAACAAGUGCCACUAGGACCAACACAACGCAGCUUUGAUCCCACUAUUUUAGGUUCCGGAGAUUUUGGAGUGCUACGCGGCGGCACUUUCUACCCCGAAGAGGAAAUGACUUAUCACACCGACGAUAAUAGCGAUUUCAAUCAAUACUACGGUGACGCGAAUGGACAUGGACGCCCCUCGAACGAGGAGUUCGUGCAGAAGUAUACUUAUCCCGAAGAGCAAUUUGCCGAUUUCCGUGACUUUGCCGAUAUAAAUACACCGGCAGAUUCAGCGUUUUCGCAAUUUGUUGUUGUUUAUGCGGCGAAAAAUUCAACCAAAACAAGUAUACAUCCACGUCCGAAGAACAUCUUUGAGCAAUUAGAACUGCUUGAUCUUGAGAAAGAGCAAGAGGAGCAGGAAGAAAAGAAGCGGCGAGCGAGUAAAUCCAAAUCGAAGCUUUCUAAAACGAAAUUGCAAAAGAAGUAUAAGAAGAAGACGAGUCCCAAAGAUAUGGACUAUGAGCCGCUCUUGGCAUUAAGUUAAGCUGUUAGUGGUAGGGGCGGUUAAGCAAAUUGUAGUAUAUGACAUUAUUUAUAAAGUAAGUGAAAGAUGGCAAUACAGUUAAACAAAAACUAAGAAAGCAGGAAAGAAACGUUGGCAGUAUACAUGCUGUUCAGCGUGAAAUCGUUAUUGGGAGUGUAGAGGUUAUCGUAAUCAUUAUUUUCUCUCCUUUCAUAACAUUCACUGUACAAAAUAGUUUCAUAUUAAUUUUUGAUAACGGUUAGAAAUGGAGUGCGCAUAUAAAGUUGGAUGCUGGUAGUAAAAAACAAAGUUUCUAAUUUGAAACCACUUAGUGUAGGCUCAUGCCUUAGCUUAGGACUAAUCAUUUGAUGAAACUUAAUCACUGCCGAAAAUGUAUUUAUCAAACUUUCACUUUGCUUUGUAUUUUAUAUUACUUGAAACCUUUUCAGUAUGUCCGAGCUCAAAUAUAGUUACAUAAUAUGUAUUUCAUACGUUUAUUGCUCCUAAUUUUAAAGCAAUAAUACGGAAAUAAGCUCCGUUUACAACAAUACCAAGAAAUUAGUUUAUUUUUCUAUAACUACUCAUUUUCAUAACUAAUUAUUUCUAUUUUUUAUUAAGAAUAGUUCAAAGCACAACAUCAAGAGUGGAAAUUUUAACCUCUCAUUUAACCUUAUUUAUCUAAAUUUUUCAUGUUUUUUCGAAAGAUUUUCUUACAUAGAAAUGCAACCACAACAUACAUUUAAAAUAUUUUUGUUUGGAAUUUCACUCAUUUUUGAUCUAUUUACAUAUGUUUACACUUAAUUGCAAAAAAAGAAAAGAUUAAAAACAGCAUUCUUUUUUAAAAUUUUAAAUUAUGAAAAACUCAUUAACUUUUUACUUUUUCAUUUCAUUCUCAUCCAUUCUCAUCCAUUCAUUCAAAUAACAAAAAUAGGUUUAAACAGGUAAUUUAAAAAACACAUUAUGUUACAUUGCGCUUUGCUCUAUAUUACUUGCAAGUAUGUAAGUAUAUAUGUAUGUAUUUUAUUUACUUUUGUUUUGUAGUGAAAAAAAUACAUCAGCAUUUUAUUCAAAAAUUAUUUAAUUUUUUCAUUUUGUAAUUUUGGUAUAAACGAUAUCUGAACAUUUUAUCAGAACACAAAUGCUAGACUAUAUUUGUAAUUUUAAGAAUAAUUAAAUUGUUGUAAUUUUUAAUAUCGAGAUUAUGUUCAUUUUUUGUUAUUAUAGAAAAUAAAAUUAUUUUAAAAAUAUGUUUUUCGAAAUUUUAUGUUUGUGGCCUCUAGCAAGCUGGUGGAUAUUGCGUUUAUUGGAACAUAUUGGAAUAAUCAUAUUGACGACAAACGCUAAACGAAUAUAGUAUACAUAUUGUAGAAUGUGUGGAAAGUGUGUGUUAUUAUUACUAAAUUUAAUAGCACAAAUGUACAGAAUGGGUCGAGCAACGAAACGGUGUUGUUCGUAAAUAUAGUUCUAUAUUUAAAAAAAAAAUAUAUAUAUAUAAAUUAAAAGGCCUAAUGAAUACGUCUUGAAAUAUUUUCGAGGAACCUCAUCCACCUCCCAUAUAAUAGUAUUGUCUAAAAGCCAAAGGAUGUUAAGUACUAUUUGAUCCAUAAUAUUCUCACAUUACUCUCUUAUCGCAGUUGCGAAAUGGACUGUGUUUUAAUUUCUAUAAAAUAACAUUUGAAGUUCCAUUUGAAUUAAAAUCAUUUGUUAAGAUAUCGAAACGAAGCAACAAAACAAAAUAUACUCAAUAAACUUA